GACAAACUUUUUACAGGCACACACACUCGACAUAGCCCGGCCGAGUUGGGCACAAGACCAGCCAGCGUUCACUCUUCUCGUCUUCCCCACUGGCUGUGAACGUGCUCUCUCUGACUUUGAAUACGGGGAAUGCGCAGCGACCAAUGUCAGGACAUCAAGAUCGGUGAAAAAUAAUAAAGAUCACGUAGAAGAGAGCUGCAGCCAUGCAAGACCCGAAAAGUGAAGUCACGUACGCAAAGAUCUACCAAGAGCUGCUCAAGUCCGUCAAACACGGAACAGAUUUCUGUAAGGAGGUGACCGCCGUGUUCCAGAUCAGGGCUGACCUGGAACUCAACUAUGGCCGAACCCUGAAAAAGCUUGUGACUCGGCUAUGCAAAGUAUCUAGCAAGAUUGAGAAAGGCUCGGUGUUGAAUGCUUUGCUCGCAGUAUACCAAGAAAUGACUUCAACAUCUGAACUACACAUAAAUCUCGCCAAAGCCUUUCAAGAAGACUUUGUGAAAGCCCUGCAAGUGGAAAUUGAUGAGGAGUGCAAGAGAAAGAAGCAGUUGGAGCAAACUGCCGACAAGGCAACAAAGAUCAUGACUGAAAACCGCAGCAACCAGCUCAAGCUGCAGAGAAAGCUUUACCAGUGCUCGCGGAACCACGAGAUGCUGUUAGUCACGUCCUCUGCAGGUUUCUCCAUUCGCAAUGACAAGGACAGCAGAAAGGUGGAAGCACGGAUGCAGAAGUCCAUGUCGGCCCUGGAGAAGGCAGACCAAGAGUACUAUGAGCAUAACAUCUUGGGGGCUCAGUACCGAUGCCAGUGGGAGAGGACCAUGGAGCAAAACUGUGAGGAACUGAAGGAACUGCAGAACCAGAGACUUCUGAGCCUACAGGAGCUUCUCAACAAGUACAGCAUCCUCCUCACUGAUCACACCAGCUCCAUCACCAAUAUCACAGGUAAAGUGCAGGAGUCGGUGGGUCGAAUCAGCGUGUACCAGGAUCUCCAGCCGCUUCUCGAGGGGAUGACCAACUGGGCUCACCACGAGAACACGGAGCUCAUGCUUGCAGACUACUACGAAGAAGUAGCCAGGAGUCACAUGGAUGAAGGGAGACUUGCAGACUCGUUGAACAACAAGAUCUCCCGCCUGAAUACAGAACUGCAGAAAACCAAGAAUGAAAACAACGCUUUAAGGAGACUCACUGGAACAUACGGUGAAACGUCUUCUUUCGCGCACACCAGAGCCCAAUUGGAAAGCAAACUGGGAGAGGGCCAGUUCAAGGUGCAUCUGCUUGAGCUGAAUCAGCACAAGCUGGAGUGUGUGCUCGCUGACCUGGAGACGCAUGAACGACCCCGUCACAUGCUCUCUGACCGUGUCAUCGCCUGGUCCGACAAGCAGGGCCUCAAGCAUGCCAUGGUCCGGAUGCCCAAGCUGAAGCUGGACGAGGGCUGCGCCCUGAGCAUACCCGAGGCAGAGACAGAGGAGGGCUGUGGCCUGCCAAACUGCCCUCUCGGCUCGAGGCACAGCACCCACGAGCCACACGCGGCCAGAACCACGGCCCCCCCGGGCGUCGUCCGCCAAAUCCGGCCUACGUCCCUGCCGCACCGGCAAAACAACAACAACAACACACGCGGCAAGUGGCGGCGCAUCGCCAGCAUGAGGAACAGCCUCAUGCUGAGGAACGGUGAGCCCGCGGGAAGUGCUCAGCGGUCCAAUCACCGCAUCAACGAGGGCAGCCCCGCCGCUCGGCACCUCGGAGCAAGGCCGGGAGCCGCAGCUAGGAGGGUUCCUGCCAGGAUUCCCAGGGCACCCCAUCCGAGGGGCUCCGUAAUCGGAUGGUUCAACUCGGGGGAAGGACACGAGACACAAGAGAGGGUCGAUGGAACCGAAAACUCCGGCAGUUCUUUUGCAGAAACGGAUGUUGGUGGGGAAUUGAGAGCCAUUCCGGGCAGUCUUCAAAGCAGCAUCCACGCCGUACUGGAGGAGACAGAUGGAUCCAGCAUUGUUACAGUUGAAGGUUUGGGCAUGCAAGGAGCCGCUUCCCGCGAUGAGCAGCAAGCAACAUUCGGAUCCACCAACACGACAGAUGGAGCAAACAGUGAACAAUUUGCAACUGGGACCGGGGCUCAUGCUGAUCUGAACUAUCGGGUAGAAGAUUCGCAGGCGAGCCUUUUAACCAACACCAUCGGGGCUGCAGCUUCUGACUUGUCAAUUGAUACCUACCAGGGUGAACCUUUACCAGUAAUUGGAAAAUGCCGAGUCCUUUAUGAUCACAUUGCCAUCACGGAUGAAGAGCUCACCGUUAGGGAAGGUGAAAUUCUCAACAUCCACAGAAAGGACCCAGAUGGGUGGUGGUUUGGAGAGGUGAACGGACAAGAGGGACUAUUUCCAGCCCUGUACGUGCAGGAAAUCCCCUUGGUUGAUUGAUGCUUCACACAAGACAAUGAUGCUUUACACAAGACAAUGAUGCUUUUGGGCUCAACUUUAAAAGCACAGAACAAUGAUCAACUGAAACUUUCGAACGGAAUGCCUUUCUGCUAACGCGCACCGACAUCUAAUAAUGUUUUUGUAAAGGUUUCAUAUCAAUUGUUCAUUUAAAGUUAAUUAAAUACUACAGGCUAUCCAUAAACACAUCAUCCAUUCUUAAUAGGUGGCAAGUAGACCUUGACUUUGGCAUUUAGAUCCUGAACAUAUUUCCAUAAAACUAUACACACAUAUUCUUGGUUCUUUCUUUCCCUUCUACGUGACUUUACCGAAAGAGCUAAAAUUAUUAAUCCCUGCAGUCACGAAAGCUUUAAAUCGAAAUAUACACACACACUCGGUUGUUUGAAUCAUUUGUCAUACGAGGCUCCACAUGUCAUGGCGUCGGGGACUCACAUCGUACCGAUAUUCGAGAGUCUUAGUUUUUCAGGUACAGCCAUGCAGUGUUCCCUGGGUAGUAAUUGAUUCCAAUGCUUCCUUUAGGUUAUGCUAACGAAGAAAAAAUAAUAUAUCUAUAAGGUUAUUUGCUGCCAAUAGUUCAACUACACAAUGAACACUGCUGUUUAUAAUUUUAAUGAAUGGACGAUACUUUUUAUUGACACCCUGUAUAUAUCAACCUUGAGUUUAACGCAUAACAAUUUUUAAGUGGAAAAAAUUGCACAAAAUAUACACUUUCUAUUAUUUUGCGUAUCGAUUUAUAUCAGGCAUGAGGUAUUGUAAAUGUAUUUGUAUCUACUGCCAGGUAUAUAUUUUUUUUAUUUCAGCGUGAAUCUACAUAUUAAUGCUCGGUGAUGUUUCUAUUGAGAAAAAAUACACUUAAUGCUGUCAUGCCAUAACCGUUUAAGGUACAGCGUCUGUCACCUGUUUUAUUUUUUGUGCUUGAAACGAACUAAUUUAUUUCAUAGCUUUAUGUACGGGAAGUUUAUUAGUAACUGGCAAAAGUGCGGAUCACACAAAUACGUAGAUCAAUCAUGCACAUUGAUUUUGCAGAGGACCUCUGAGUAAACCUGAGGCCAUACUUAGGUUGUAAAUACAUUUCAAGUCGAGUACUGUAUAGGUUUUUUUCCUAUACAGUACUCGCUUUGAAAUGCACACACAGUUAUUUGUCAACAGGGCAGUAUGCUCUGCUGUUUAUUAAUACAACUUGUGAUCCAUUUUACAGAAACACUUGAUUAUAAAAAUACACACAUUUUCUUCACGUUAAUUCGCACAAUCACGCAAAUCAUCAUUUGCCUGUUUAUAUUUGGUUUAUUCUGUUUGUAUUGGCUGAUAAUGCAUGACUUUCAACGAUGUGUUUUACACAUUUCACUGUAUUAUAAUAACACUGAUUAAAGCUUACAUUGUGUCAUGCCUAUGUUAUUUGUAUGCAUAUAUUUUAUAUGAAAAAAAUAUGUGAAUGUAUUCAAAUAGCUUCCUAAUCCUUAGUAGAAGGCUAAUUGAUUUUAUUGUAAGCGCUGUUUAUGUGACCCCACAUUCAUUGCAUCAGUAGUCCGACAAACCACGUGGUUUAUUGGAUUUGUGGGAGGUCCAGCCAAGCAAUUUUUCAUCUUCUAUUUAAGCCAAGCUUCAGGCAGUGUCAAGUUCUGACAGUUCAUUUUAUCUCGAGGCCAAAAAUCAAAGUGUGUUCUUAUGCAUUCUGAAGGAUAAACUACAUACGUAUACAUGUAUGCAUUUUUUUCCGUUUUAACAAUUGCAAAAAUAACAUUGUUUAAAUGUCAGACUCUUCAUUUAUCCUGGAGAAAUCCGAUGAACUUUGAAGCUCUUUUUCACAGAUGUCCAGUAGUUUCAAAGAUGUCCAGUAGCCUCUUCAAACCAAUACAAGGGAUUUAAAUUGUCCAAAAUAUCACGGCUGUCACUUUUGUCUACUGGUCGGUCAACCCACAGCCGUGCCAGAGGGAAAGACGACAUGGUAUAGAAGUUAGGAAAAAUCACACAAAAGCAAAUUACAUCACUGCACUUCAAUUUUCGAAAUUAUUUUGAUGUUUUUUUAUUAAUGUACAGAAGUCUAAUUAUUGUUCAUUUUGACGCAAAAAUGCACACAGCUGCUGAAUUAGAAAAAUCCACCAUGCACAUAUAGAGAGCCAUGAAAAACAAUACAAUAAAGUAUUGAAUCCACACAUAUUUUGCGUAAAAUGCCGAUAUACAUGAGGGUGUACCUGUCAAGUGAGAUGAAAACCAACGUUUGGUCAAGAAGCAGAAAGCACGCCCAUACCUGUAGGUACGUUUCAUUGAGGCUCUGCAUUGUUUCGACUGAAAUAUACAUGAUAGUACAAUUUUAAUGUCGUCGUAUCUUUUGUUAUUGUUGGCCAAUUGUCCCCCAAAUUAUUUAUGUAAAAAGAGAAAUGUCUACACAACACACAA